AAGAAAAACCCCUGACCCUCCAAUUCACCACCAACCCAACCUUUGCUACGAUCGAUCAUCUCCGCCUCCACCACCAACUCCCCAUCCUGGCAUCCCCUCCUCCGCUGCUCCUCUUCGCCGAGCCCCAGCACCACCCACGCGCUCCAUGGCCGCCACCGCCAUCUCCGUCCGCUUCCACCCGGCCACCGCGGAGCGCCGUGUCGCCUCCGCGCGCCGGGGGCGCAGUCUCGCCGUCAUCCGCGCGCAGUCCGCGCCGGCGGCGGCGCUGACGCAGGACGACCUGAAGCGGCUGGCGGCGGUGCGCGCGGUCGAGCAGGUGAAGAGCGGGAUGGUGCUGGGGCUCGGGACAGGCUCCACAGCCGCCUUCGCCGUCGCCGAGAUCGGCGCGCUCCUCGCCGCCGAGAAGCUCGACAAGAUCGUCGGCGUGCCCACCUCCAAGCGCACCUUCGAGCAGGCGCAGUCGCUCGGCAUCCCGCUCUCCACACUCGACGACCACCCGUGCAUCGACCUCGCCAUCGACGGCGCAGACGAGGUUGACCCAGACCUUAACCUUGUGAAAGGGCGUGGUGGUGCCCUUCUCCGUGAGAAGAUGGUUGAGGCUGCAUCAGACAAGUUCAUUGUUGUUAUUGAUGAGACAAAACUAGUUACUGGCUUAGGAGGAAGCGGUCUAGCCAUGCCAGUGGAAGUUGUGCAGUUCUGCUGGAAGUACAAUCUAGUAAGAUUGCAGGAACUAUUUAAGGAGGAAGGGGUCGAGGCAAAACUAAGAUUGGAUGAAGGUGACAAGCCCUAUGUUACUGACAAUUCAAACUACAUUGUUGAUUUAUACUUCAAGACGCCAAUCAAGGAUGCAUUGGCAGCGGGGAAGGAGAUCUCAGCUUUGGAAGGAGUUGUUGAGCAUGGGUUGUUCUUGGACAUGGCGAGUUCAGUUAUCAUUGCUGGAACUGACGGUGUCAGUGUCAAAACGAAGUGAGUUUUUGGGUUUACUUGUUGUUUCUGUGUUGAAUUUACGAUUUUUGUAUAAGCUAUUGGUGUAAAAGCAGGAAAUAAGAUGCUUCAAUAAAUAGGUUUCCCCAAUGUUCCACUAGUUCA